UUUGAACUUUUGUGAGAACGCGUGCAGCAUUAGUUUUAAUGUGUAAUGCUAGUAAAAGUUUUAUGUUGAGUUUGUAGGGAAAAUGUCGUGAAAAUUGAAUCCAAUGGCAAUUUGUGCUCACAUUAACGACUCGUUAGAUAUUCUGUUAUUAUCAAGCAGCUGAACAAACAACAUGUCGACGGGCUUCAAAUGCCGCAACUGCGGAUCCAAUGAGAUCGAGGAGGACAAUGCACGCGGUGAUCGUGUUUGCAUGAACUGCGGCUCUGUGCUGGAGGAUUCGCUUAUUGUCUCCGAGGUGCAGUUCGAGGAAAUGGGCCAUGGAGCCUCCGCUAUUGGACAAUUCGUGUCGGCGGAGUCUUCAGGCGGCGCAACAAACUAUGGCUAUGGUAAAUUCCAAGUUGGCUCCGGCACAGAGUCGCGCGAGGUGACAAUCAAGAAGGCCAAGAAGGACAUCACUCUCCUCUGCCAGCAGCUGCAGCUGACCCAGCACUAUGCGGACACAGCGCUCAAUUUCUUCAAAAUGGCCCUGCAUCGACAUCUGACACGGGGACGCAAAAGCACCCACAUCUAUGCGGCCUGCGUCUAUAUGACCUGCCGCACCGAGGGCACGUCACAUCUGCUCAUCGACAUCAGCGACGUACAACAGAUUUGCUCCUACGAGCUGGGACGAACUUACCUGAAGCUGUCACAUGCUUUGUGCAUAAAUAUACCAUCCGUAGAUCCCUGUCUCUACAUAAUGCGCUUCGCCAACCGCCUGCAGCUGGGCCCGAAGACCCACGAGGUGUCCAUGACGGCGCUGCGCAUCGUGCAGCGCAUGAAGAAAGACUGCAUGCACUCGGGACGACGGCCCACCGGACUGUGCGGCGCCGCUCUCUUGAUAGCCGCGCGCAUGCACGAGUUUAGCCGCACCAUAGCCGACGUGAUCGGCGUCGUUAAGAUACACGAGUCCACGCUGCGCAAGCGCCUCUCCGAGUUCGCCGAGACGCCGUCGGGCGGCCUCACGCUGGAGGAGUUUAUGACCGUCGACCUGGAGCGGGAGCAGGAUCCGCCCUCGUUCAGAGCGGCGCGUAUCAAAGAUCGUGAGCUCAUACAAAAUAUGGGCGUGCACGAGCUGACCGAGCUGCAAAAGGAGAUCGAUGCGCAUUUGGAGAAGGAUAUUGGCAAGUAUACCGAGAGCAUGCUGCGCAAGGUGACCAAAGGCAAAGUGACGACGGCAUCGAUACAGGAAAAGUCGGACAAAUUUGCGCAGAAAUCGGAAAAGGAACUGGAGCUGGAGGAGUCUAGACAAUUCAUUGAGGCUUCCAAUGCUGAGGCCAUCAAGGAGUUCAUUGCCAACAACACGGACGCGGACACGGAGCUGGAAUCGAAGCCGCAUACGGCCAUGGCGAAUGCCAUGAUUGAGGGACUGCGGCCCGACAUCGAAGCCAUUUGUCGUGUCACCGAAAGCGACUUGGAGGAUGUGGAACGGGCCAGGCAGCCAAUGGAGACGGAGCUAUAUAUUGACGAUUUGAAUGACGAGGAGCUGGAUCAGUAUGUGCUGACAGCGGAGGAGGCCGACACCAAGCUGAGCAUGUGGAAGAACCUGAACGCAGAGUUUCUACGCGAGCAAAAGGAACGCGAAGAACGCAUGGCCAAGGAGCGUGAGGAGGGCAAGCCGGAGAAGAAGAAGCGAAAGCCGCGCAAGAAAGUCAUUGGACCCUCGUCCACAGCUGGCGAAGCCAUUGAGAAGAUGCUGCAGGAGAAGAAGAUCUCUAGCAAGAUAAAUUACGACAUUCUGAAAACCCUCACAGAGGGCAUGGGCUCCCUUACGGGCGAUAGCGAGGCCUCAGCGGAGGCGCCCAAGCCCAAGACGUUGGAGGAGCUGGCCCAGACGCCCGCCAUUGUGGAGGAGGGUCCGAUUUCCAGUAAGCAGAGCCGCGGCAAACCGAGCUACGACAUGCCUGGACCCAGUCGAAAACGCGUCAAGCUAGAGGCCGGCCUGCCCGUGAGUCAGCCAGAGGAGCAACUGGAAAAGAAGCCAGAGGUCGCGCUGGAAACAGACGAGUUGGACGAGGAUGCCGAGGUGGAUGAAGCUGAUGCCGAGCCAGAGGCGGAACCAGAGGCUACGCUGCAGGAUAUGCUAAACCAGGGCGCUGGCGAUGAGGACGACGAGUACGGCUACGGCUUCGACGAGGAGGAGGAGUACUARCCACAGCGACAUGGCAUGACAUGGCAUUUAGCAAUCAUUAUGGCACAUUCUGUAUGGUCGCUUUUAUACACAAAUUGAUAAUCAGCAACUACUCAUAAUCUAAUUAAAUUAAGCUUUAAAU